AUGGUUCUAUUUCCUGAGAGUUAUUUCAGUCUUGAUGAAGAGGAUCGCAAAUUCAAUCGCUAUGAAGUGCAGCUCAAGUACAAUGAAGGACGGUACACUGCCCUGUAUCUUAUCUCUCGACAAGUUUGCGCGAACAAUGAGACUGUGGAGAAGAACACUCUGUUCGCAAUGAAGACCAGUAUCCGGCCAUAUAGCGUGAACAUCACCUUACGAAUGAAGCGUGAACUUCGAAUCCUGAACGAGCUGAAGAAGGCCAAGUGCCCAUACAGUCCCAUUGUUCUCGACAGUGGACGUGUUGCUGACUUACCUUUCAUAGGUGAUAUAUGCUCCUAUUCAAAAAACAAAUCAGAUCUCAACAGACACAUUGAGAAACACUACAAAACCUGA